CGUCCCUCGACUCUGCAAACACCAAAUAUCCCACGCGGCUGUCAGAACAAGUCUCCCUUUAGCAGCACACACCGUCUGCGAACUCAGCCUGCAUCCAGCAAGGCGCGACCCUUUCGGUCUUUGGAGCUCGCCGGGAUGAUGCAAAGCGCGGCUGUGAGGUCAUGACCAUCGCGCGCACUGAUGACCCAGCGUGCAGCCGGGCUCCCAUCAGACUUUUGACGGCGUUCCCGCCAUACGUCACCCCUUGGCCCACUUCUUCAUAAACAAGAACCUGCGCUUGGAAAACACAGGCGACAAGGCUUCCGCUUUGGGCUCUGAAAUACCAAUCGCUGCCGUCAAACCUCCCUUGCCAUAUCCGUUGAUCCGAACUGAUCCUUCUUCUUGCCAUCUACCAACCUCACGUUUCAAGAUGGUCGCUGCAGCCAAACCCCUUCUCGCCCUCGCGGCACUACUCCUUGUCGCCGGAGGCAUCGUAAUGCAAAUCUUCACCAUUCUGUCCGGCGCUAUCAACUCGGCACCGAUCAACCAAUUCUACUUCCUGCAAGCGGCCACCAACGGCAUCCCCAACGCCCGCAACCCUUCGCGAUGGACCUUCUUCGCCAUCUGCGGCCGUGACCCCAGCUCAGGACACAACGCAAACUGCGGCGCCAUCGUUCCUGCGCUGCCCUUCGACCCGCCCCGCAACUUCGGCACCACGGAGAACGUGCCCGAGCAGUUCGUCGGAACGCACAUGUACUUUUACCUCUCGAGGUUCAUGUUCGCUUUCUACCUGGUUUCUCUGUUCUUCGCUGCCUGCGCGCUGUUCACCGGUCUUCUGGCGCUCUGCUCGCGUCUCGGCGGCUACCUUUCCGGUCUCACGGUCUCCAUCGCGCUCUUCUUCCAGGCGCUGGCCGCUGCUCUGCUCACCGCGUGGAUGAUCAAGGGCCGCAACGCCUUCCGCUCCGCCGGCCUCGAGGCUUCUGUUGGCCGCUAUCUGCUCGGCUUCGCCUGGGCAUCUUUCGCCUGCUUCCUCGUCGCAACCGUCUUGUUCUGCCUCGGCGGUGCGCUCGGUCGUGACCGCUCACCGGGCGUGAGCCGUCGUCGCUCGACCAAGAGCACCAGGAGCCGCGCCAGCUUCAUGGAUACCGACAGCCAGAGGAGGGUCAAGGACGACUACUCUGCUUAGGUUGAGUGGCGAUCGAGGACAGAGCGGCUGUAAUCAUGAUCUAAUGGAGAUGUUGGGAAAUGGUGUGGGAGGACAUACAAGAUGAUAUCCAUGACUUUAAUGCUACCCUUAGCGACUGUACACUCUACAAAUUUGCUCUGUACAUAUGUAAUGAACGUACUAUACUCCACGUUAUAUCCCUCUUGUUGCCGACGAAGCUGAUCUCCUACUGUGCCACGAAUCAAGUAUUGAGUCGGGUGUCAAGAGAGUAGCAAAGUCGUAGCAACAAAUGUGGCCAUAAGUCCUCCGCAGUCUCAGACCAACAGAGGACGUUUAACCAAUCACUCAAUGUGGCCGUGAUAGACCUGCACAAAUAUCCA